AUGGGUUUUGCCACAAGAAGAUGGUUCUAUCUACCAUUGGGCUGCAUGAUGCUGAUCAAUCUGAUUAAUGCUGACUUUGAGUUUCAAAAGGGGGUGCUUGCCAGUGUCAGCCCAGGGAUCAUGGAAGACAUUGAUCUCCAGUGCUGGAACACUUGUUCUUUAACACUGAUAGACCUCAAGGAGCUCAAGAUAGAGCGCAGUGUGGAUGCUUUCUGGAAUUUCAUGUUGUUCUUACAAAAAUCCCAGUGGCCUAGACAUUAUAAUGUUUUCUUAAGCAUAGCUCAGGAUUUCUGGGACAUGUAUGUAGACUGCUUGCUUUCAAGAUCUCAUGGAAUGGGCAGAAGACAGGUGAUGCCUACCAAGUAUAAUUCUCCACAGAAGAUAACAGGAGGUAAUUUAAAUGUGUACUUAAGAGAAUAG